UUAACUAAUUAAUGAUUUUUCUAUUUCUAGUAUCAGAGUUAUCAACGCAAACUGCUUGAGGAGGACUUGAAUAAGAAAUGGCGCCGCAUCAUGCUCAACUCCUCGCCCGUUACACCAUUGGAACACUGUGAAUGGUUGAAUAAGCUCUUGACUCAAGUCUGGCCCAACUAUUUUAAUCCAAAGCUUUCAAGAAGGUUAUCCGCUAUAGUGGAGAAGCGGUUAAAGCUCCGGAAACCGAGCCUUAUAGAGAAAGUUGACCUGCGUGAGUUCUCGCUAGGAUCAUGCCCUCCAAGUUUGGGUCUUCAAGGGGUGCGGUGGUCAACUUCUGGUGAUCAGCGGAUCUUGAACAUGGGUUUUGAUUGGGACACUAGUGACAUGAGUAUUUUGAUGCUUGCCAAGCUUGCCAAGCCAUUGAUGGGAACUACCCGAAUUAUGAUUAACAGUCUUCAUAUCAAGGGUGAUCUCCUCAUUACACCAAUUCUAGAUGGAAAAGCCCUUCUGUAUUCAUUUUCAUCAAAACCUGAGGUGAGAAUUGGAAUUGCGUUUGGAAGUGGCGGAACAGAGGUGCCUGGUGUUUCUUCUUGGCUGGAGAAACUUUUUACCGACACUUUGCUUAAAACCAUGGUGGAACCUCGGCGCCGAUGCUUCUCUUUGCCGGCAGUGAAUUUAAGGAAAAGAGUUGUUGGAGGCAUUAUAUAUGUUACAGUGAUUUCAGCCAACAAACUUUCUAGGAGUUGCUUUAAGGGAAGCCCAUCUUUGAGGCAGCAAAAUGGCUGCUUGGAAGAAAAAUUGGAUGACAAGGACCUGCAGACAUUUGUGGAAGUAGAAGCAGAGGAAUUGACAAGGAGGACAGGUGUGAGCCGAGGUUCAACACCAACAUGGGAUGCAACGUUUAAUAUGGUAUUACAUGACAGUACAGGAAUUGUUCGCUUUAAUCUUUAUGAGUGCCUUCCCAGCAGUGUGAAGUAUGACUACCUAGCAAGUUGUGAAAUCAAGAUGAGGCAUGUUGAAGAUGAUUCGACAAUAAUGUGGGCAACUGGGCCGAACUCUGGUGUCAUAGCAACACAUGCAAAAGAUUGUGGAGAUGAAAUCGAAAUGACUGUUCCAUUUGAGGGGUCCAACUCUGGAGAGUUGAAGGUGAGAAUUGUAGUAAAAGAAUGGCAAUUUGCUGAUGGUUCACAUAGCUUGAACAGCCUCAGUACUAGCUCUCAGCCACCACUAAGUGAAUCAUCAAAUCUGCAGUCAAAAACUGGAAGGAAACUUAGGAUAACUGUUGUUGAAGCAAAAGAUCUAGCUACAAAAGACAAAUUUGGAAAAGUUGAUACAUAUGUCAAACUGCAGUAUGAAAAGACUAUCCAGAAAACCAUGAAUGCUCAAACUCCAAAUCCUAUUUGGAAUCAAUCAUUUGAAUUUGAUGAGACGGGUGGUGAUGAAUACCUAAAUGUAAAGUGCUUUACUAAUGAAGUUUUUGGAGAUGAAAAUAUUGGUAGUGCUCAUGUAAAUUUGGAGGGACUAGUAGACGGCUCAGUCAAGGAUGUGUGGAUCCCUCUGGAAGGAGCGAGUUCUGGCGAGUUAAGACUUAAGAUAGAAGUAGUUAAGGUGAAUGACCAAGAAGGAUCAAGGGAUACAGCUUCGAGCUCACACAAAGGUUGGAUAGAACUAGUUGUGAUUGAAGCAAGGGAUCUUAUUGCUGCUGAUCUUAGAGGGACAAGUGAUCCUUAUGUGAGGGUAGACUAUGGAAACUUGAAGAAAAGGACAAAGGUUAUUCCCAAGACUUUGAAUCCUCAAUGGAACCAGACCUUAGACUUCCUGGACGAUGGCAGUCUCCUUGUACUGCGUGUUAAGGACCAUAAUGCUUUACUGCCCACAUCAAGCAUCGGUGAAUGUGUUGUGGAAUAUCAAAUGUUGCCUCCAAACCAGAUGGUUGACAAGUGGAUACCUCUCCAAGGGGUGAAAAGUGGCGAGAUCCACAUCCAAAUUACAAGAAAUGUCCCUGAGAUGAAAAUGAGACAAGUUGUGGAUUCUGAACCUUCGUUAAGCACAUUGCACCAAAUUCCUACCCAGAUGAAAGAGAUGAUGAUGAAGUUUCGAUCGUUAAUAGAUGACGGAAAUGUUGAAGGACUGUCUAGGAUUUUGAGUGAGCUAGAAACUCUGGAGGACACUCAGGAAGGAUAUAUAGCGCAGCUGGAGACACAGCAAAUGAUGCUUCUCAGCAAAAUAAAGGAAUUAGGACAGCAGAUCAUCAAUUCUUCUCCAUCCCUUCAGAAUUAACUAAGUAGUCCUCCAAUCCAUUCAAGUAUAUUGCUUCAAUGAAUCAUCAUAGAUAGAUUAAUGUUGAUGUGUACAUGUGUAUCAGAGUUCCGCCUACUACUAACUAUGGAUUAAGACAAUCUGCUGUAUAACACUUACUCCGUCAAUAAAAUCUUAUUAAUGUAA